AUGGCCGAGGCUGCCUCUGCCGCCGGGGCCACGUCCCUGGAGGGCGAGCGCGGCAAGAGGCCCCCACCGGAGGGUGAAUCUGCAGCCCCAGGGUCCGGAGUGCUGGAUAAACUUUUUGGGAAGAGACUCCUGCAGGCCGGGCGCUAUUUGGUGUCCCACAAGGCAUGGAUGAAGACGGUACCCACGGAGAACUGCGACGUGCUGAUGACUUUCCCAGACACGACCGAUGACCACACGCUGCUAUGGCUGCUGAACCACAUCCGCGUGGGCAUCCCAGAGCUCAUCGUGCAAGUCCGCCACCACCGCCACACACGGGCCUACGCCUUCUUCGUCACGGCCACCUAUGAAAGCCUGCUCAGAGGAGCCGAUGAGCUUGGGCUGAGGAAGGCUGUGAAGGCUGAGUUCGGUGGAGGCAUGCGCGGCUUCUCCUGUGAAGAGGACUUCAUCUACGAGAACGUGGAGAGUGAACUGCGCUUCUUCACCUCCCAGGAGCGCCAGAGCAUCAUCCGCUUCUGGCUGCAGAAUCUUCGUGCCAAGCAGGGCGAGGCGCUGCACAACGUGCGCUUCCUGGAGGACCAGCCAAUCAUCCCCGAGCUGGCAGCCCGCGGAAUCAUCCAGCAGGUGUUCCCGGUGCACGAGCAGCGCAUCCUGAACCGCCUCAUGAAAUCGUGGGUGCAGGCCGUGUGUGAGAACCAGCCCCUCGAUGAGAUCUGCGACUAUUUUGGUGUGAAGAUCGCCAUGUACUUCGCCUGGCUAGGAUUCUACACCUCUGCGAUGGUAUACCCUGCUGUCUUUGGCUCGGUGCUGUACACGUUCACUGAAGCAGAUCAGACAAGCCGAGACGUGUCUUGUGUGGUCUUCGCUCUCUUCAACGUGGUCUGGUCCACGCUGUUUCUGGAGGAGUGGAAGCGGAGGGGGGCGGAGUUGGCCUACAAGUGGGGAACGCUGGAUUCUCCUGGAGAGGCUGUGGAAGAGCCACGACCGCAGUUCAGGGGCGUCCGGCGCAUCAGCCCUGUGACCAGGGCUGAGGAGUUCUACUACCCACCCUGGAAGCGACUACUCUUUCAGCUGUUUGUCAGCCUGCCGUUGUGCCUGGCCUGCCUUGCCUGUGUCUUCUUGCUCAUGCUCGGCUGCUUCCAGCUGCAGGAGCUGGUGCUGAACGUGAAGGGGCUGCCCCGCCUUGCCCGCUUCCUGCCCAAGGUUGUGCUGGCCGUGUUGGUCAGUGCUAGCGCUGAGGGCUACAAAAAGCUUGCCAUCUGGCUCAAUGACAUGGAGAACUAUCGGCUGGAGAGCGCCUAUGAGAAGCACCUCAUUAUCAAGGUGGUCCUGUUCCAGUUCGUCAACUCAUACCUGAGCCUCUUCUACAUCGGCUUCUACCUCAAGGACAUGGAACGCCUGAAAGAGAUGCUGGCCACCCUGCUCAUCACCCGCCAGUUCCUCCAGAAUGUACGUGAGGUUCUGCAACCACACCUCUAUCGGAGGCUGGGCCAAGGCGAACUGGGCUUUCAAGCUGUCUGGGAGCUGGUCCGGGCCCUGCUGGGCCUGCUGGGCCCCCGCUGUUCUACACCCCGCCACCUCGAAUCCCAAGCUGAGGAGAGGGCUGGUGGUAGUGGUGUGGGGGGCCGCAGGUGUCUCCGCGGGGGCUGCGGGGCUCCUGAGGAAGAGGAAGACGCAACAAUGGAGCGGCGGCCAGCUGGGGAAGGUGGGGAGGAGGGAGACAGACUGCAGGGGGGUCCAGAGGAGGUGGAGGAGGAGGACGAAGACGAGGACGAAGACGAGGAGGAUGAGGAGGAGGGGGAGGAAGGUGGCCUCCUGGACUGUGGGUUACGACUAAAGAAAGUUAGCUUUGCUGAGCGUGGCCCUGGGCGGCGCCAGGGCCCGAGUCCUGAGGCCCUGCUGGAGGAGGGCAGCCCCACCAUGGUGGAGAAGGGCCUAGAGCCCGGUGUGUUCACGCUGGCCGAGGAUGACGAUGAGGUCGAGGGCACCUCUGGUAGCCCCGAGCAUGAUCCGGCCACUGUGCUGCUACGCCGGGCUGGGGGUGAGGGCAGAGACCAGGGCCCCAAUGGUGGCCUGGAACCUGAGCCGGACACAGGUGACUCAGCCCGCCGGCAGCGGCGGCAGAACCGGGCAUCUUGGAUCGAUCCGCCCGAGGAGGAGCACUCACCCCAACUCACGCAGGCAGAGUUAGAGAGCUGCAUGAAGAAAUAUGAGGACACAUUCCAGGACUACCAGGAGAUGUUUGUACAGUUCGGUUACGUUGUGCUCUUCUCCUCGGCCUUCCCACUGGCCUCACUCUGUGCCCUCAUCAACAAUCUCAUUGAAAUCCGCAGCGAUGCCUUCAAGCUGUGCACAGGCCUGCAGCGGCCCUUCGGGCAGCGCGUUGAGAGCAUUGGACAGUGGCAGAAGGUGAUGGAGGCCAUGGGAGUCUUGGCCAUCGUGGUCAACUGCUACCUGAUCGGCCAGUGUGGGCAGCUGCAGCGCCUCUUCCCCUGGCUUGGCCCAGAGGCAGCCAUAGUGUCUCUGGUAGUGCUUGAGCACUUCGCUCUGCUACUCAAGUACCUCAUCCACGUGGCCAUUCCUGACAUCCCAGGCUGGGUGGCCGAGGAGAUGGCCAAGCUUGAGUACCAGCGCCGGGAGGCCUUCAAGAAGCAUGAGCGCCAGGCGCAGCAUCACUACCAACAGCAGCAGCGGCGACGGCGGGAGGAGGAGGAAAGGCAACGGCAUGCAGAGCAUCAUGCCAGGCGGGAGCGUGAUGCCGGUGGUGGUGGCAGCGGCCGAGAGGAGGCCCGACCCGAAGGCUCUGGGCUGGACCCUGCCGCACCCGAGAAGCCUUCAGCCAAGGCCAAGGGCAGUGGGGCAGGUGGCCACGGCGCCGCCGAGCGGCCCAAGCGUCCAGGCUCGCUCCUAGCGCCCAACAAUGUAAUGAAACUGAAGCAGAUCAUCCCGCUUCAGGGCAAGUUCCUGUCUUCCGGGGCCACAGCCUCUCCGGCUGGCAUGAGCACCAACCUUACCACCCGGCCAGCCGCUGCCCAGUCACCCACAGGCAGCGACACCCGCCUGCCGGCCUUCCUCAAGUUCCUCAAGUCACCCGAAACCCGGCGGGACCCAGAGCAGCGUAGCCACUCACCACCCAAAGCCUUCCACGCCGGCAAGCUCUUCCCCUUUGGUGGGGCCCGGGCCGAAGCAGGGGCCAACGGGGCGGGCGGGCAGACCCGGCCUGAUGGGAUCCCCGGUGGCAGUGGCAGCGGCCGGCCCCAGCGGAGUGGGCUAAUGGACGAGGCCGCAGCUGAGGAGCCAGAAGCUGCCCGGCCCGAGGAGGAAAGCUCAGGGACAGCGCUGGCCCUCGUGGGCGCCCCUGCCCUCCGUACCCGUCGCAGCCGGAGCCCUGCGCUGCCAUCACCACCGCUGCUGCCGCUGCCCCGGCCCCCAACACCACCACCCACUGGCUGCUGGCAGUGGGAUGGGCCGUGGGGCUGUGGGGCUGAGGGUGCCGCUACUGCUGCCCAUCAGGUCCCCACCACCGCCGCGGAUUGCCCGCCAUGUGCCCACGUUGGUCCUCCACCUGCCCCACAGCCCCUGCCAGGGGAUGCCAGCUUCUACAGUCUCCUGCCCCCACCACCACCCACCCUGGAACAUCCUGAGUCUCCUGAGUCCGAGCCCAGUCCAAGCCCCCAGGCCGUGUGCUGGCCCAGUGGCUGGCACUAG